AGUCGGUUUCUCAUUGGCCACGCGGUUAAGUUACCUUGCCCGUCCACUCUCCUUGACCUGCGUGCCCCUGUACUAUAUAAUCUCCUCCACUGAACGCUAACCAAACACAAAACCCCAAACGUCAUAACUUUUAUUCAAUUUCCGAUUCUUCGUUCAUAUCGAAAUCUCUCUGAUCUUUUGACCAUGGCCGAAACAAACCCUAAGCCUCAACAACCCGCCGAGAUGGCUCAGAUUGAUGGAGAGAAAUUGAAGUAUUUGGAAUUCUUGCAAGUGGCGAUGAUUCAUGCGGCGCUAUGUGUGGUGAAGGUGUAUGGCUACGCUAAAGAGAAUUCUGGUCCAUUGAAGCCUGGUGUUCAGACUGUUGAAGGCACCGUUAAGACCGUGGUUGGCCCUGUUUAUGAUAAAUAUCAUGAUGUUCCCGUCGAAGUCCUCAAGUUUGUUGACCGCAAGGUUGAUCAGUCUGUUCGUACGAUUGAAACUCGUGUCCCCCCUAUGGUCAAGCAAGCUCCUGCAGCUGCUCGCUCUGUUGCAGCUGAUGUCAAAAGUGCUGGUGUGAUGGGAGCUGCAUCAGGACUUGCUAAAACAGUCUAUGCCAAGUAUGAGCCCACCGCUAAGGGACUUUACACCAAAUACGAGCCAAUGGCCGAGCAGUAUGCUGCAUCAGCUUGGCUCUCUCUCAACAAAUUUCCCAUUGUUCCUAAAGUUACUCAAGCGGUUGUUCCAACAGCUGCUUACUAUUCCGAGAAAUACAAUGUGAUGGUUCAGCAAACAGCAGAGAAGGGAUACAAGGUUGCUUCAUAUCUUCCAUUGGUACCUACAGAGAAGAUUGCUAAGGUGUUCAGUACUCAGCCUGUGGCUUCCAGCUAAGAAGGACCUACUGGUUUACUUAAUGAUUCACAAGUAGCAGUUUAGUUCUAUGUGAGGUUCUUUAUAUGAUCUGGAGUGCUUUGAAAACAGUUUUUAUUUGUUUACUGUAUUGUGGAUUGUGUACUGUGUGAAGUAUAUCAUGUGUUUUGCCUAUUCGGUUUUCAUUGUUGUUUGGGUAUAUUCCUUUUUGCCCUU